AUGUUGGACUCAAUCCCCGUGAUACCUGGCAGAAAGUGGCCUUUUGUCUUCAAAACAAUUCCCCAUCUCACUGUGCUUCGCAAUAACAAGCAGCAAGAGCCAAGCAAGUAUCAAGGCUCUAACAAGAAUGUAUAUUUUCUUGCUUUCUUGGCUGAAGGGAAUGGAAGUGGGCAGCAGGUCAGUUGUCUUGUUCCGUGGGUUAAACCAUCUAAAGGGUGGUCAAAACUCAAAGUAGAUGGUAGCUCAAUAGGAAAUCGAGGCCUAGCAAGUGCAUGCAGAGUGAUACGAUAUGAGUCUGGAAUUGGGGGCACUGAUGUAGAACUCUGGUUGCAGGCACUUAUGGAGGAAUCAGAUUCUGAAGAAACUGGUUAUAGAUUGCGCAUGCCAAGCAAAACCCUCAGAGGAAACUCUAUCCAUGCUUCAAGUUUUAAAUUCACUUUGCAACUGUUGCAACAGCAACAAAUAAUGCGCAACUCUUUCCUUUUUGCCAUUGUCAGGUAA